UUCUUGGAAGAGCAAGAAAGAACCCUACGAGGCGGGAAGGGAGAGAAAGGCGCGCGCGAUCCCGAUGUGGAGCGCGCUACAUCGGAUGAGGCAGGCGCGGCAGGAUUUUCUUGUUGCCUCGAGAUUCCAAUCUCAGGGUUUCUCCAUCGACAAUGCAUCCAGGAGAUUGAGCUGUGGGAAGCUAAGCACGAUGAGUGGAAGCGUUGUGAAGAUGAAAAGGAGGCAGAGCUACGUCCCGGUUGAUGAUCGGGAUAAGGAGCAUAUUUGUUGGUGGCAAGAACGCAUGAACUUGUGUCAAAAGCCUACUACCAAAGAAAUGAUAAAGCUUUUGAUUCCGACUAAUCUGCUCGGGCUCGACCCCAACUUGCGUCAUGGAAGCUUAAGAGAUGGAAGCCUGAACGCUGAGCUACUGGAUGCUAAAAGAAAAUUUCCUCGAGAAGUUCUUCUGUGUAGAAUUGGCGAGUUUUAUGAAGCGUGCGGUUUUGACGCCUGCAUCUUGGUAGAGUUUGCAGGCUUGAAUCCAAUGGGUGGUAUACGCGUUAAUGCUUCUCCAAGAGCAGGCUGCCCUGUUGCGAACUUGCGCCAGACACUUGACAAUAUCACCCAGCAAGGACUUUCGGUGUGUGUAAUGGAAGAGGUUCAGGGGGCUGCUCCAUCAAAGUAUCGGAAAGACAGAUUUAUUGCAGGCCAUGCUCAUCCAGGAAGUCCGUACAUUUACGGCCUCGCCGCAGCAGAUAGUGAUUUUGAAUUUCCAGAGCCAUGCCCCGUAGUUGGUAACGUUGUUGACGCAGCUUUAUUUUUCCUAUUUAACUCGCAAUUGUUUGGAUCAGGGAUCUCUCAAUCGGUGCGCGGAUACACUUUCGUCUCUGUUUUGGAAAUGAUGAGGACGUAUACUGUAGAAGAUGGACUCACCGAAGAAGCACUUGUCACGAAACUGCGAUCAGUGCAGUAUCAACAGCUUUUUCUCCAUCGCUCACUAAGAGGAAACUCCUCAGGAAGCGUUAAAUGGGGAUCCUCUGGGGAUGGAGCACUCCUGUGGGCAGAAUGCAAAGGCAAAGACGUAGAGUGGUUUGACCGGGAUCCGGUUUCCUUUCUCUUAGAUAAGGUUAAGGAGAUGUAUGACAUUGAGGACCAAGCUGAAUUUCGGGAAAUUGCAAGGCCGUCGUUGAAAAGGCCUCGGCCAGUUUACCUGGGGACAGCCUCUCAAGCUGGCAUUUUGCCGGUGCCGGAAAUUCCGAGCUUGCUGAAAGUUCUUGUACCGUCGGACACCACCAGUCUCUGCGUCAGGUAUUUGCGAGACCUGUUAUUAAAUCCACCGCCUUACGCUACAGCUGCGGCUAUUCAAGAGUGUCUAAAGUUAAUGACUUCUGUGAAAUGCUCUAUUCCGGAGUUUUUAUGCGUAUCAGCUGCAAAGCUGGUGAAACUAAUUGGAGCUAGGGAAGUCAAUCAUCUUGAAUUUUCGCGCAUAAAACAUCUUGCAGAGGAUGUAUUGUACAUGCAUGAGAACAACAGUCUGAGAGACAUAUUUCAUUUGCUUCUUGAGCCCACUAUAUUAGCAAGUGGUUUACAAUUGGAAGCUGAACAACUGGUGACUGAUUGUAAGCAGCUGGUUGAUAGAAUCAGUUCUGUGAUCUCUUGUACGGGCGAUCCAGAGCAGCUCAUUAAUUCGUACGAACAUGUUCCGGAUGAUUUCUUUAUUGAUUUUGAAUCGAGCUGGAAAGGUCGCGUACAACGCAAACAUUCUGAAGAUUUUUAUGCCGAUGUUGACAAAAAAGCUGCAGAACUCAAUUUAGCGAUUGUAGGCGAUUUUCUUCCGGUUUUGGCAAGGGCAAAGUCUUUAGUAAGAUCCUGCUACGGUAAUGGCAACGGUGAAAUCUGCUACGUUCCGGACCAUCAAGCGGUCUGGUUCAAGGGAAAGGGUUUUAUGCCACUUCUGUGGGGCUCUGAGACACCCGGUGAGGAAGAAAUAAAACGUUUGAUUCCUGCGCUAGACUCCAAAGGCAAAAAAGUUGGAGAUGACUGGCACACCACGGGAAGAGUAGAGUCUGCGGUCAUGAGCUAUCGAGAAGCCGCAACUAAAGCAAAUUUUGCUGUUGUUAAGGCACUCCGAUGCCUUUCAGACGAUGUAAGGACGUAUCUUAACACAAUAAUUUUUAUUUCCAUGUUCUGUGUGAUAGCCAAAGCUUUUUUCGCGCAUGCCAGUGAGGGAAAACGUCGCAAAUGGGUGUUCCCUGUUCUUGGUGGUGAACAGGAGCCUCUUGUUUUCUCUGGUCUCUUGCCAUAUUGGCUAGAUUCAACACAGGAUUUUGCAAUACCAAACUCGUUCGAAAUGAGCUCUAUUUUUCUUCUUACGGGUCCCAACGGCGGAGGAAAGUCGAGUUUGCUGAGAUCCGUUUGCGCGGCUACUUUGUUGGGAUUAUGUGGCCUUAUGGUUCCGGCGUCUAAAGCUGUCAUCCCACAGCUCGACUCCAUCAUGUUAAGAGUGGUUUCUCAAGAUAGUCCCUCGGAAGGCAAAAGCCUAUUUCAGAUGGAAAUGGCAGAGUUGAAGACUUUGUUACUUGAGACAACUCGGAGAAGUCUUGUCCUUGUAGAUGAGCUUUGCAAGGGAACCGACGUACAGAAAGGGACUUGCAUAUUGGCCAGUGUUCUGGAGAAUUUUGACAGGCUCGGCUGCCUGGGAAUUGUCUCUACUCACCUUCAUGGGCUUCUAGAUAUGAAGCUCGACACCAACAAUGUCGUCUUGAAAGCAAUGGGGACAAGAAAGGUAUUACAAGGCGGGCUACAACCGACCUGGGAGCUCAUCGAUGGAGAAUGUAGGGAGAGCUUGGCUUUCGAGACCGCGAAAGGGGAAGGUGUGACGGAAGAGAUUUUGGACAGAGCCAAGGAAUUAUACGAAGAGAUGCAGAAGAAACAUCUGUCGCAAAGUAAGCCGAUGGUAGACGGUAAUGAAGUGCGCCAUGAAAGUACUCUUGACAGCAACGCAGCUGCGUCAUCAGUACCACGCGUCCAAGGUGCGAGAAAUCUGAAGGAUCUGGAACAAGAAGUUUUGAGGAUCUGCAAGGACCAGCUGAAUGGAACUUUCGUUCUCUCUAGCACUUGUUAUUUCGUUGGCGCGCGCCAGCAACCUCCACCCUUCACUUCGAAUCACUCUUGCGUCUACAUUCUUCAAAGACCAGACGGAAAGUUUUACGUUGGACAGACGGAUAAUCUAUCUGGACGAAUUGCUUCACAUCGUACGUCUAUGGGACUAAAGCAGGCACCUUUUUUAUACUUGCCAGUGUCCAACAAGAGUGUGGCUUGUCAGUUGGAGACCGCUCUUAUUACACAGCUCACGCAACAGGGAUUAAACCUCGUGAACAAAGUUGAUCAAAGGCAUAAGCAUUUUGGGAUCAGCCCAGUCGAGGCUCCAUUUUGAGCCAGCGAGUCAGCAGUUUUUGCCCGGAGUAACUUACUUAUAAGAGAUUUUAUAUACAUAUUGCGAGCUUCUAAGAUUUUUGAGGUGAACUUUCAAGUUUUUAAAGAUAAUACACAUAUUUUUCUUCUUGUA